AUGCCCUCGAAGAAACGUCAUGGGCCAUACGACAUUAUCGCCGACGACCUCUACGACUGUCACGUCCCCGUCUACAACGAGCUUGCAUAUCAACAUGGCAUUCACUUUCAGGCCAAGGUAACCUUAUUUUUGAGUUUUAAAAAUUUUUUAUUUUAAUUUUUUUUUGUUUUUUUAAAACAUUUUUUAUUUUUAUCAACAUUUUUCUCAACUUCACGUAUUUAUUGACCAAAGUGAUAAUUUGUCAGUAUUUGAAACUAUUAUUAAUUUAUGAAAAUUUUUAAAUUCACGUUUCAGUACAUUGGCAGCAUGGAAAUCCCGCGGCCCGGCACUCGAAUCGAGAUUGUCGCAGCGAUGCGACGAGUUCGAUUCGAGUUCAAAGCGCGAGGAAUCAAGAAACGACCGGUCGAGAUCACGGUCAGCGUGGACGGCGUGCGUGUGGUUUUGCAACGGAAGAAGAAGCAACAGAAAGACUCGAGCUGGGACGAGAGCAAGCUCCUCGUCAUGUUUCACCCUAUCUACAGGUAAUCACUUUUUACAGCAUUUUUAUUUUUACUUUACAUCUUCUUAAAAGUAAUGUAAGUUGUAUUAAAUUUUUAAGCUUUUUAUCAAAGUUGGCUUAAAAUUGAUCUAAAGGUUUUGCCUUUUUUAAAUCUAUUGAAAUUUCAAAAACUUUAAGGUUUUUUAUAUCCGAAUUUUGAAGCUUAAGUUAUUUUUUUAGAAUCUUCUAUGUAUCCCACGACUCACAGGACCUCCAGAUCUUCUCCUACAUUGCUCGGGACGGCGCUUCCAAUACUUUCAAGUGCAAUGUGUUCAAAUGCUCAAAAAAGGUAAUUUUAAGUUAUUUCUUGAAAUAUUUCUCUUUACAAUUGUAGACUGGCUAUAUAGUAAAUUAACGUGAAAUUUUUACAAAAUCACUAUAUUUAAAGUUAUUACUUUAUAUUGACAUUUGAUUUGAAUUUAUUAAGACGGAUAUAUGUCAUAAGUAAUUAAGAAUGUUGGUAUAACACAUCGUAAAGAACUUUUUUAUUUUAUUUUAAAAGUAUGAUUCCUCAACCGUUUCAUAUGAAGUUAGAUCAUUGUUUCUACUGUAUUUUAUAUAAAUCAUUAUAAUUGAAAAACUCAGGUUUCAUUUAAAUUAUUGUACAUUACCUGUUAGGUCUACUCGAUUUUCUCAUUCUUUGUUGUAACUACGUCAAACUUACUCAAUUCUGAUUUACCGUCCUGAUAUGAUUUUAUUCCCUUAUCACUGGGCCCCCGAGUGAUAAGGCCGCCGUUUGUUGUCAUCACAGGGGAAGGGGAGUCAGCUGCGUUUUGUCGUCGUCAAGUCUUGGUCCACAUGCUUGGCCGGGACUAUAUACUUGUGUGUUGUUGGAGAAUCUUUCCAUGGGCACUGAUUUCUUUUUCGGCCGCAAAGGUGUCUCGGGAACAGCAGCAGAUCCAAGAGAGUGGAUGAAAAUAAGAGUGGAAUCGGACGGACGAGUGUGCCUUUCUCUUUCAGCCGUGGCCAAGCACCUUCUCCAUUCAAUCUCGCUCGUCCUGGAAGCGAUUGGCACGGCAGUUUUUACUGAGCAAAAACUUAACUAAACGCUUUUCGUUGUAUUUUCGUACGUUGGGGCGGGUUUCGGCGUAAUAUCGGUUAUGGGGGUGGAUUUCUGUACAGACGGCUUGAAACAAGUACUUAGCAUAAGGCGUGGAUCAAUCUUGAAAAGCGGGGUUGAGGCAACAUUUGAUCGUGAUUUUUUGGCGUUUGCGUGAAAUGUUUUGGAUCAAAGAUUACUGAUACUAUUUUGAGGCUAGCUUGUCAGGCUGCUUUUAGUACCUACGCUUGAAAGAAGUUGAUCUACCUGUUGAUCUACUUUUUAAAAUCAAGUUUUAAAACGGCGUAACCUAUUCAUACUUGAUCUAGCUACAGUCUGGACCGACUUGGCCAGACACCCCACUUUCUAACGCGCUUCAUUUGUUCAUGAAGCGACGUCGCACCACGGUCAACGCUUAGGGACGCCGUCGCGGUCCAGAUGCCGACGACGGCGCCCACGAUCUCGCCAGGCGCUUCGCCAAAACCCAUCCGACCACAACAACCGUCCACAUCUCAACAAGCACCUAUUCUAAUCUCGGUACAACAACCGUCACAGUCGGCGCCUUCAGAUGAACCUCAUUCUCCCAGACCAACGCCGACUGCGUCACCUCAUUCGGUCAGAAGCCAUGCGACGCCGACGCAUUCUCCGAAGGCUGGCAGAAGUCAUACGACAUCGCUACAGCCUUCGGCUUCACAAGCCUUUUCUCAUAGUGGGUCGAUGAAUACGUUGGCCGACGAUCCUCAGAAUCUGAUGUCUCCACAGCAAAGGUUUUACUAUUUGAGGCUGAUGGCUAAGCCGGGACGGAAACCGGAGCCGAUUAAAAUGAAAUUCGUUAGGUGGACUAAUGAAAAGGAUAAGAAAGCUAGUGUUGAUGACGAGGGAUCGUUGGAAGUGAGUUGAGACAGAAGGGUCGGAUCAGGCAUUUUUUGUGAAAAGUAUAAACUUGUAUCUAUAUCUAGGAUAAUAUUUUCAAUUUUGAAAAUUUUUCGUCUUAAUUAGCAUUUUUGUUGAUCGUCUUGUCUUCUAAGCCUAUUUCUUUUAAUUUCUUAAUUAUUGUUAUGAUUUUAGAGUCAAGCGAUGCGAGUGGUGCGAACGAUCGGGCAGGCAUUCGAAGUGUGCCAUAAGGUCGCGCAGGAACAUAUGCAGGAGAAGACGGCGGAGGAAGAUACCGCCUCCAUUCCUCAGCGUGCCAAGCCCAAACCAGGUAUGUUUCUAUCAUUUUCAUUGCGAGAAGUCAAUUUUAACUUUUUUAUUUUUUUUUUGAAUUUUGAUCGAAAAGUUAAAGGAAAACCAAAAAAUUAAAUUAAAAAAAUAAUUUUUUAACAAAAUUGAUUAAAAAUUUUUUAUUUUCCAUUAGCUUUUCAACUAUCAACAAAGAUUUUGGUCAAAAAUAGCCCUGUUAACCCAAAAACCAUGUCAUAAGCCUACUGUUUAUAUCCGAAAAGCCCUACUGUUUACAUGUAAAACUCAAACGCUGAGACUUUAUGCUCUGUCGCCAUACAUCAUUUUUCUGGCGCCUCUUGGUGCCCUCUCCCGGUUUGAUUGAACGGAGGUGAUUCCCGACGUAAUUAAUGUGUCGCUUCUUUCAGUCUCGGCGUCAGCCGCAAUCUCCGAGGAAGAUGAUGAAGCACUGGAACAGGAGCAACGCGAGCAACGCCACCAGCAGGAGAUGGCGGCGAUCGCGGCCGCUGCCGCCGCCACCAAUGUAGCCGGCACGUCGAUCGGCGGCCGAUCGGGCACCUCGUCGCCCGCUCAACCACCGCCCGGCGGGGUACCCAAAAGACAUUCCAUUGUACGUUUUGGCGAUGAUUUCGAGGUUUGAUCUACUUAUAUUCCAUUUUUUUUCAAAUUGAGUCAACUUUUUGUGAAAAAAUAUUUGUUAUCAGGAGUAUAAUUAAAACGCUAAAAAUAAUACUUUUCAGUAUGUUCCUCGUAAAGUUAGUUCGGAUUUAUCAGCGAUAAGUCAAGGGACGGCGAUUGAAAUGACACAACAGCAGCAACAACAACAACCUGGGCCGUCGCAACAACCGUAAGUUCAAAAAAAGAUCAGACAAAAUAAUUUGUAGGCUUUAUAUUUUUUUCAUACUAAAGACUGAUCAAUCUUAAGUCUAUCAGUACAAUAAAAUAGUGAUCAAAGUACCAAAAAACUUAAUUUCUUAAAGUAAUAUUCAUAUUACCUUUAUGUUACAGUAUUCCCGGGUCCCAAACCCUGCCCCACUCUCAUACCUGGAACCCCCAGAUGGGAGCGGCCUUCCCUUCAGUCCAGUCUCUGGAUGCUCAAACUGCAGCCGCCUACCCUUUUAUUCCCUUAUCACAACUGGUACCAUCAUCGUCUGUACCAUACGGUCUUAGUAGUCCCGUUAUGGUCAGUCCUUAUGCCACUUUACAAUUACCAACCAACCUGGCAAACCAAGGCAGUCCAGGCAACGCAUCGCUAGCCACGGACACGGCUUUGCAGCUAACAAGGACAUUGGACCAAGUAAGUUAACAUCAUGUUACACAAGGUAAUUUCAGUAUAAUCAACAGUUAAUGCGAUCUCAGCUUGACCAAGCCACCCAGUCAGCUCAAGUUGCGAGCUGCCAAGUUCAGUUGCUACGGGAUACCUUGAAUUCAGAGACUACGGCACGGUUGGAAGCUCAGGUAAUUAUAAAAUUAUAAAUACAUGAAGCAAUGUAAAAUAAGGAAUGAUCAAACAUUUAACAUCAAAAUUUGCAAUUUUUAAAAAUUUAAAUUUCAGUCCCGAACCCACCAGUUGCUGAAUUCUAAUCGUGACCUGCUGGAACAAGUCCAGAACCUAGUCCAAAGGCUACAAGACCUAGAAGGCAAGAUCACUCGCCAAAUCGAAAGUUCGGCCGAACCCGAGAAGAACCUGGGAUCUCACCAUCAACAACCUGGCACCUCUCGUACUCUACCCUCAGUAUCAGUGAUACAACCAAGUAUUCCCAACUCGGAAUACGCCUCCUACACUCUGCCAUCUUCAUCUACAGCUCCUCAAUUUUACCAACAGAAACCCUCAUCUUCAGAAUCCCAACGACCGUACCAGAUUCAGACGUUGGCCGAUCUGAGAAGUGGAUCGUUACCUCCAGACCGAGAGAACGAAGGCGGAAGCAGUGACCAACGGCGGCGACGGAAAGACGAUUCUGGAGCACGCACGGAGCCCGACACCGAAGACACCACGGACUACAGUUCAUCCGACCAGUAUGAACAGUCGAACGUGCAUCGGCCGAAAGAGCCCGACUUCCACUACAACCUCCUGUUGUCUAACCCCCAGAUCAUGAACAACAUGCCCAGCUUCUUCCACACGGAACCAUUACAUGGUGAAGGACCUCACCGAAGUGCACUCACGUCCGUUCAACAAACCUCCAUGCCCCAAAGCAGCUCAAAACCCCCGCCCAAGAUACAUCAGCCGGUGUAUCACCAACACAGUCAUCCCAAACUGGACGUGCCACCCAAAGAAGAACCUCCCAAAGACAUGAAUCGGCUCUCCAGCCCGAAGGUAAGUCUUUCUGAAUCCUUUCAACGAAAGAGGUGCACGUCGAACUGGAAGCUGAAGUCUGUUUCAGUACAAAAACCACUGAAUAAGACUUCAUUUUGCUUUAUACCAGUUCGGCGUUGGGUGUGGACUGAGUCGGACUUCUGAAGUGCUUCUUAUGUUAUCUUUGGUUGAUUUUGAUUUCGAAUUCACUCAUAACUAUUAAUUUAACUUGUUAUGGUUAAAAGUUGACCUUUUACAUCAAGAAAUUGGACUAAUCGUAGUUUUUAAAAACAGUAAGGGUCAAUAAUUUAAAUUUAUAUUGUCAUACUUUAAAGAUAAGAUAUCUUUGAGUAUCAAGGUUAAAUUAAUAGUUGACUACUUACACGUUCCGUCCUCGAUUAAGGGCUUUUGGUUGUCCAACUUCAUCCCCAUUACCUCUUACGUUUCACACUUGGUUCCAGAUCUUAUGUUCGGUUUUUGUUUGAUUUUAGAGGACGCUGAGGCGGUUUUCGCUUCAAUCCCAGCGUCUUCUGGAGGACGACUCGGGCACACCGCCCAGAACCAAAAAACCGACCGCAAGUGGUGUUUUUAAGGAAAAAGAAUUUACCCGAAUGUCAUUCAACACGACACUCACGGCGCCCACCAAGAAGCGCGAGUCCAUCGUGCCCGGCAGCGACAACGACCCCGCCCAUUAUGAAGGUACGGUUUUUACUGUUAUUUUUGAGAUUACUGUACUUUAUAUCAUAACUUUUUUUAAAUGUGUUUCUAAACUCAAGAUUAAUGAUUUUUUUGUCAAGUUUCCUUCAGUUCCUGUCGAUAUACUACGGCAAACACAAUAAAAUUCGAUUCUUUGCAGCACGUCGCAAAUCUCGCGACGAUGGCCAAGGCCGUCGCAAGUCGAUGGCCGGUGGAAAGCUGCCCUCAACCUCAACAAAACUGUUUGGAGGUGACUUUUCCCCUUCUCGUGAGCCUUCAUCGUCCAAAACCAGUACCGGGAGUCCAUCGUCAGCACGUGCCGUAGUAGCUUCCUCCUCGGUGGCUACAGCCAUGUAUCCGCCCAUCAAAGCCACUACCUCCAAACACGGGUUCGGGUCUCCAUUAAUGGCGGCCAAGGUGGGUGUUGUUGUUUGUUUAGCCGUGCCGUGACGUCGUUCUGAUGUCAGCUGUCCAAUCUUAUCAAGGAAUACGUCGUGUUCCUUUCCAAAUCACAUCGUGUUCCUUGAUCGGCGUACUCUGUCGUCUCCGUUCUCUUGUUUUUAGUGUUCUCUCAUCUUGUUUGUUACCUAAUCUCGUGUUCUUUUUGCGUAUUGUCUUGUCUGUCUUGUAAUAUAUUAUCUUGUAUUCUCUGUCCAGUUUAUACUUCUCCUAGCUCACUGUCUCUGUUCAACAGGUCCUCCCUUAUACCUAUUCGAUAUCCUUUUCACCAAUCUCACGUUCUCUCAUCUCACUCACUCUAUAUUGAACAUGCUCCAUCAUACGUGUUCCCUUAAACUACGUCACGGCCAAUAAAACAUGGAUGUUUGCAGAAAAAACAAUUGGCACCACUGUCUGUUGAGGUCAGCGAUCCCGAGGACUCACAGAGUGGAUCACCGCACACGCGGACCGACAUCACCCCCCUCAGACGCAAAAUGACGGAGAUUGGACCGCUGAUGCCGAACAAGAACGCCAACAACAACAACUACGGCAACGGAAGCCCCAGCUCGAUGGGAGUCGACCCGGACUCGGUUAGAGGGUAAGAAGUGGCACAAAGCAUUGUUUUAAAAAAGAACGGCAGAAAGGGAACGUGAUUUGUGGGAAAAAGGAACUUGACGUAGGCAAAACGUGAUUCUUGGCAUAAAAAAUGUGUUAAACCAUGAUGAGGAAUUGAAACAGUUAGAAUAUAAUGACAUAAGGAAUGAAAAAGAAAAAAAUUGAAACAAAGGGGAAGGGUUUUUCAUUGACUAGUAAAGUAGCAACCCCUGCCAUAAUUUAAAAAGCAACAAAAUCAAAAAUGACAUAAGUCUUAAAAAGUCAUUUAUUUUUCAAAAAAACCCAAAAUAAGCCCAUAAACCUAACUUAAUAUCCUCAAAACAAACUCCUAACUCAACAUAAAUAAGAAACACUCAAAAGAAACAAACAUAACCUAAAAUACCACAAUAUCCCAACCAAUAACACUGUAAUUUCAGUCGGACCAUGAUGGCAUAUCAACAGCAGAUGGACUCGCGGCAUCACAAGCGCGACGCUGAAGGGAAUCUGCCGAACGGAGUCCUGUAG